AUGCCGCGGGGCUUAUACUUCCCAUCGGAUAACCGCAAGACAUGGAAAUUCUUGCCGCUAAUGGACCAGAGGACGCCAACAGCAGCAAAUAACGGGCUCUGGGUGCGUGGAGUCCACGUUUCGAAGAACUGGGCAAUCCAAGUCUACUACGCUGCCGAAAACAGCGCUUCCGACCAGGACAUUUCUGUGCGGUCAUCCACAAACAACGGGGCGACCUGGUCUGCUGCGACGACGGUUGCUGGUGGGGGAACUAUACUGGGCAGGAUGGAGGCUGCACGGAUUUCACCACCUCAGGCGGCUCGGCGCGGGUUUGAUGCAUAUUCGAGACAACAAAUGGGACAACACCGUUGUUUGCUGUCAAGUCGGUCGUCAGCAGCAACAACGUUUCGGGGAGAACACAGGUCCAUGCGACAGCCUGAGCUGGCCAUACUGCUGGCCUGGCGCUCCCCAAAUUGUUCCCACGCCUACGGGAAUUCUGGUCGCAUUGUUCAUGACCGACGAGGAGCAUUCGGGGAGGAAGCGUUUGGCCGCAAGGGCCUUCGCCUUCGGCUCCCAGGACUUCGUCUUCGUGAAGAUUACCACCGCAUCACGGAUUAUCAGACCCUGAAGUUCCUUGUGGCAGAGAGGGCUGCUGGUGAAACGGGAGUGGAGAAGACAUCGAUUAUGACCACUUCCCCCGCUCAGCACGUUUCUCUCCGUAUGUGCUCUUGUUUCGCCCCCGUCUUGGCGCUGACAGUAAAGCAGGACAUUCUUCGUUACUACCCCUUCCUUCCGCUCGCCGGUCGUAUUGCUGUCGAGGACUCUGUUCUCCUGCUGUUGAAGCUGGUCAUCACGAAGUUUGGCGCCAGCAUCACCCAAUUCAAGUUGUCGAUUCAAAAAGGGCAGGAUAUCCAUUUGGCUCUCGCAUCGUACCCUCGAAGGAAUCCGAUUUUGGGUAAGGAUGCCCACGAGUUCCGUCCAUCGCGCUGGAUGGAAGCGGAACCGCCAGGCAAUGGUCUGAAACUUGUACCAUUUGAGUCAAUCAGUAUAGGUGCUUGA